ACGUACUCACGUACCUCAAGCGAGACGAGAAGGACGACUCGACACCACCUUGACGAGACCCUGCUUGAGUACAGAACUUGGUGAGGACCCUGGGGAUUGAGCCCCGUACCUGGUGUUGAGUGGUACGGUGUUAGGUAGGCCUAAGACAAUAAAAAGUGACAGAAAGUUUACAAACACCAGUCAAGUGUGUACAGAGAGGCCUAGACUUUAAAUAUAUGGGAUGGGAAAUUCUGAAAGUACGUUGAUGAAUAACAUCCUGACAAGGAGUGCUCUGCUAGACUUCGGAAUACAAUGUGGCUUAUUUGCUAUAGCUGCGGUUCUUAAAACUGAAAAGUUUUACGAUUUAGCUGGAAGUGGCACAUUUAUAUUUUUGGCCCUGCAGAGCUUGAGAUGGGGUGGUCAUUAUUAUCUAAGACAAAAAAUACAGACAGGCCUGGUAGCUGCAUGGGGUUGCAGGCUUGGACUGUACCUGUUCUCAAGAGUCAUGGCUGCUGGCCAAGACCGCAGGUUCAACAAAGUCAGAGACAAUCCAAAGGUGUUUUUCUUCUAUUGGACUGUACAAGCUGUUUGGGUCUUUGCAACUCUCCUUCCAACACUGAUCCUGAAUGCAGAGAGCAAAGACCAAGUGAUUGGCAUUAGAGACUACGUAGGAUGGGGAAUGUGGGUUGUUGGGUUCCUCAUGGAAACUGUGGCGGAUCGUCAGAAGUCUGUUUUCAGGGCAGAUCCAGAGAAUGCAGGAAACUUUAUUACCAGCGGCUUGUGGAGUAUUUGUCGUCACCCUAAUUAUUUUGGAGAGAUUUUGCUGUGGACUGGUCUGUUUAUCUCAUCAUCCUCCGUAAUGAGUGGUCGACAGUACAUUAGCGCACUCUCGCCCAUGUUUGUUUGGUUCUUGCUGUCAAGAGUGUCUGGGGUUCCUAUUCUAGAGCGUCAAGGAAUGCGUAAAUGGGGGAAUGAUCCACGUUACUUGGAAUACGUGAAAAAAGUGCCCGUUUUAUUCCCAUUCUUUGGGGGUAAAUAAGAACAAUUUCGCUGAUUCGCUAAGUAUAAUAUGAAAAAAAACAUUGGCUGAUCUUUCUGUUUGAUUGAUUUGAUUGUAGUGUAAAUGAUUUUAUGUUAAAUUGACCAUUGUAUGUUUCCAUUUUAAACAUAAUGUUUUACUCAAUUCAGACUACAAUGCGAUCAGUGGUAAUUAUGGGAAAUCAAAACUAGUGUAAUCAUGUAUUGUUCACCACCAAUUGCAUUAAUUAGGCAUAUUCCGGCACAAUGCGUCUUGGAGCCAAAGGUCACCAGUGCAAUAAGUAGGUACGCUUUACAAAUAGAAGCAAAAUCCUUACUUUGUGUAGGUUUUUUGCAAUCACAACAGCAACAACCUUUGACAUCAAGACAUAAUAUUACGAUUCAUUGCACCCAAAUAGGGAAUUUUUUAUUGAAAGAU